AUGGGUCCACUCGACCCCGUCAGUCCAUUGACAAACCAAAAGAAAAGUGUGGGCAGAAGUGCAAGAAAGCCCUCAGUGCUAAGAACCCAGAAAUCAAACCCUAAUCACACCUUUAUUAUUCGGACUAUUGGGUUAUUUUGGAUGAUGAGCAAGGAAAGGCCACCUGAGCCACUUGAUUUCUUCAUUUGGACUGUUGAGAAGUAUCAGGAGCGUACGGUCUGCUUCACAAUGGAAGGGAGAGGGUCCCCCAAAGAGCAAGGCGAGCCAGCCCAUGGGGAAAUUGGACUGCCCCAUUUUUCACUGCAGGUUUUGCAAUUGGAGCUUGAGGUGGUGGAUUCUGUCCUAAGGUUUGUUAAUCAGUUGGGUUGUCAGGGAAGGUGGAUAUGCAAGGGAGGCCUGCUGCCUGAUGUUGUGAUUGAUGGUGGUACACCUGAACUGCGGGGAAAUUGA